AAAAAAAAAAAAAAAAACCUAAAAUCAUUGGAAUCGAUCGGCCAAGCCCACUUUAAUAGAGAAAGAGAGCUAGAAUAGAAUGGAGGAUUCAGAUUCAGAGAUUGAUGAGGUGAUGAGCGAGAUUCACCUCGGUUGCCCACCGGGAACUAAGAAACCUUUUCUUUCCCGUUUCACCUUCUCCUUCGACAGUCAUCAUCUUACUGUUGAUAAAGACGGAGAUCUUCUUAUUCCUAGGCGCAACAACAACAACAACAAUUUCACUUUCCGAUCCGCUCACUCGUUUACUGUCAAUAUUCAGCAUUCUAUCACAUCUACGCUCCCUCUUGUUGGUCUGCAGGUCUGGAAAGCACAACUUGUCUUAUCAGAAUUUGUGUUGCAUAAGACGUGCACCUCAUCUGACUUUCAUGGCAUUGUGUGUCUCGAACUCGGUGCUGGGACAGGGCUACUUGGUAUUUUGCUUGCACGGGUCGCCAAGGCUGUUUUCCUUACUGAUCAUGGAGACCAAAUUCUUGACAACUGUGCUAACAAUGUCCAUAUCAACUCAUCCUUGUUUAACCCGCAAACUGUGGUCAAUGUUCGUGAGCUCAACUGGAUGAGCGAAUGGCCUAUUGAAGACAGCCAUUCCCACUGCACAAUUCCGGAUAUGUAUUGUUGGAGCUCCCAGGACUUUGAUCAAGUAAAAAAUGCCAGCUUCAUUUUCGCGGCAGAUGUGAUCUACAACGAUGAUCUAACCAUUGCACUAUUUAGCACCUUAAAGAGGCUCAUGUCAUUUGGGUGUGAGAAGGUGCUAUACUUGGGACUGGAGAAACGAUACAACUUCAGCCUAGAUGAUCUCAACGUAGUUGCCAAUGGCUAUGCCUGCUUUCGAAGCUACAUCAAAGGAGAGGGACUUUGUAAGCAAGAGAAGGGGGUUUUCGUUGGCAAGCGCAUCGACAUUACACAGAUCCCUCAGUACAUGAAAGAUUACGAUAGAGGAGAAGACGUUGAGCUCUGGGAGAUCAAAUAUGUAUUUUGAUUAAUGUCUGAUUUGCAUUUCAUUUGCUGUUUUAAAACAGUCCAAUGCAGAACAAAUUCGCAUUACACUCGAAGAGAUAUAAAGUAACAAGACUUCCGAA